GCCAUUUGUUGGUAUAACUCUGAGACGUGCUGGGACUCAAAAGUUGAAUAUCUCUCCCUGCUGUUGACAAUACCUGAAACACACCCACUCCAGAAGAAAACAAGGAAAGAUGGCAGUGAUUUCAGAGGAACAGUGGAAAACAGCUCUGACUGAAAUCCUUGCAAAGCUGGAUGACAAAGAGUACGAUAAGAUGUGGGAGUUUGUUUCGAAAAUCCCAAAACAGAGGAAGACGAAGAGGUUAAAAAGAGAGAUGCCCCAAAAAAUCAUUAAGCAAUAUGGAGUGAACGAGUCUAUCCAGAGAAUCAAGAAUGCAAUGAAUAAGAUAAGGAAAGACCCUGGAGUCCAGGACCUGCUGCGCCCCUUUGUGGACCAACUGAAGAGCAAAGCAGAAGCUGAGAAAAAAGGAACGAAGAGGAAACUUAGUGAAAAUGAUUCAAAGGCAGAGGAUAUGAAAUCUGAAGCUGGUAAGAGCAGUGCUGCAAGUGAUUCUUUAGAUGUAGAGCAAGAGGCUGAAGGCAAAAAUGAUGGAAAGUUGACAGCGAAAGACGAACCGGGGAGAUUGCCUCAAAAGGACAGGAAAAGCCAGUCAUGGAGAAUAUCCAUUGGCGAACUAAAGGCCAGUUGUAACCCUGGAAACAAAGCAAUUGGUUGCAAAAUCGUGCAGAAAUCUGGUCUGCGUACAUAUCAAACCAAAAACAAGGAAAAAAAGUUUUUCUUUAACCUGGGGGUGGCCGAUGAAACAGGCAGCAUUAAAGUGAUGGUGUAUGGAAGAGAGCGCUAUCAGGACAUCCAGGAGAAGAGCUGCUACCUGUUCAGAGAGGUCAUCAUGGAGGGAAAUGACAUUAAAGUGACCAAAUUAAGCAUCGUAUCGAAGACAGCACGUAUUGAUGUCCCUGAGAAUCUGGAGAUGGAAGCUCGGAUGCUCGUUGAUUUCCAGACUCCAGUUUGCUCCAUCGAACAGGCCAACAGAUCAGCGGAGAAGACAUUAGUGAGUGUUGAAGGAAAAGUAACAGAGAUCGGCUCCGUUGAAAACAUCAAACUGAAGAACAGACGAGGAAAGAAAAACAAGCAAGAUUUUAAACUUGAAGACGACACCGGUUCAAUCAGGAUCACCUUGUGGGGUGAAGACAUCAAGCAUCUCAGAGGAGUAUCAUGUGGAGACGUUGCCAGGGUGACCAACGUAAAGACCAGUCGCUUCCAGGAUUCAGUAUCGCUGAACUCAACAGAUUCCACCAAAAUUUCAAAGGUUCAGAGUGCUGCAGUCCAGAGUGUCACCAUCGAGAUUAUCGGGAUCAUAAGAGCCAGCGGGACGCAGACUGAGCUGGAGGCGGAGCUCGGCCAUAACAACGAGGUGCAGCCGUUUGUGGUGGCUUCAUCCCUGCUGGCAGGAGCGUUGGGUGUCAGCCUGGGGGGCGGCUUUGAGGACGGGCUGCUGGAUAAAAUGCCGUUCUCAGCAGAUGUAGAAAUCAAAGGAAACCAGAUCAUCAGAAUUAAAUCCAUCAGAUAGAAGUAAAGAUGGCGUCCACUCUUCAGGCUGGGCUGCAGCCACAUGAUUCAUCUAUUUUUACUAAAGUUGUUUUUUAUAACUGAAUAUUUUUUAAUAUGAUUCCUUAAAUCUGUCGUUUAAUGUAGAGGACAUUUCUGAUUAUAUGAUGUCAGUUAUUCUCUCCUUCUGUCUUUCUUGCAAAUGAGUUUUUUCUGUUUUUAUUCUGAUUUGAGCAGAAUAUUCACAAUCAUCAUCUGUCCUGGAAGCUCAGGGAUUCCCGUGACUACACCACCUGGUGCUGGGAACGUAUCCAUUGGAAUAAAAAGUCAAAUCUGGAACUUGAGAAUACAAAUAAUAAUCCAUCUCUGAAAAAAAGGUGAUUAAUGGUUUUAUGCUGAAUAUUUGUGUAUUUGUACUGUUACCUGACAGUAGCUGAGAGCAUGGAGAGGACCAGUCAUUAUAUGAAACUUUAUCAAAAUAUCUAAUGGCUGACAUUUUAUGCAGUUUAAAUAUUUCAUUGUUAUGGUACUUUAUGUAUUAUGACUGAAAAUGUUUGGUUCUAUAGUUGUUAUGAUUUU